UAAUAUAAUAAUACUAAAAUUUUCCAUCUCUCUCGCCAAGAUUUGUCCUUUCCAAUCUCUCUUCCUCUCCCAAAAACAGGGUCAUGGCUAUUAGGAAACUUUAUGGAACCCUUGGUUCUCCAGACACAAUCCGAGCCUUAGCUUCCAUCUUUGAACAUGAGCUUGAUUUUGAAUUCAUACCAAUUGACCUCAACGCUGGAGAGCACAAAACUGAAUCUUUCCUCUCUUUAAGUCCCUUUGGUCUGGUUCCAGUCUAUCAGGACGACGGUUUGACUCUAUUUGAAUCAAGGGCCAUAAUGAGGUUUAUAUCGCAUUAUUACCGAAAACCUGGAACUGAGCUAGUCUACGAGGUGCCAAAGCUACAAGGAAUAGCGGCAACUUGGAUCGACGUUGAGGAUCACCAAUUUAGUCCCCCAGCUGAAAAACUUAGGCAAGAGCUCGUGGACAAGGCCAAAAAGGGGUUGCCAAUGGACAAAGAGGUGGUGGCAGAAGCAGAGGCUAAGCUGGUUAAGGUGUUGGAUGUGUAUGAAGAGAGACUUACAGAUUCUAAGUACUUGGGAGGUGAUAGGUUUACCUCUGCUGAUCUUACUCACCUUCCUUACUUGUACCACCUAAUGGGCACACCUGUGAAGCAGCUCUUUGAAGAGCGACCCAAUGUUAGUACAUGGUGCAAGGACAUUUUGUCUCGCCCAUGUUGGAGUAAGGUGGUGGAGAUGGUUGAGAAGGAUAAGGUGUAAACAGAAAAAUCUCAUGAUUAAGACAUGAAAUAAUUCGAUAAGUCACUUCAUGAAGAAAAUAAAAGAAAGAGUUUUCGGUUGCGACAUGCGGAUAAUAUGUAAUCGAAUUUAUCGGUUGUCACAAUUUGAUAAUAUGGAUCGCUAUAAUCGAUGAAUUAACUAUCAUUUUCAUAUAAA